GAGGACUGCAGUGUAGAGAGAGAGAGAGAGAGAGAGAGAGAGAGAGAGAGAGAGAGAGAGAGAGAGAGAGAGAGAGAGAGGAGGGGCAAGAUGUUGACGCCUGUGAACUUUCUUCUUCUCUUCUUCUUCAUGGCGAUGGGUGGAUGGUUGACUUCAAAAUUUACGGCGAAGCUGGUGGCAUUGUUGAUAAGCGUGGCCACAGGAAACGCAGUGACCUUCCGGUUUAUCGGUCUUCUGCGUGUGAAAGAUUUUUCCAUUCAGUUUAAAAGGGGGCCCAUUGCGUCUUUGACCGUGGGGCAGAUCAAGGGGAACUGCAGAGAAACUCUAAGUCCAGUGUUGAGAAGACAUCGGAGAGACUUCAAGUUGCGGUUUGCGUUGAGUGACCUGGAGAUCGUAUUGAGACCAUCCCCAACUGCACCACGCAAGAAGAAGAAGCCGGGAAAGCCAGUCCGCGAACCAAAGCCUAGCGGGCGCGGGAAGUGGUACUUCGUUGUUAACUUCGCUCGGAUCUUCCACUUUUCUGUAAAUGACAUCACUGUGAGAACAACGAAGAUUCCAGAUGUCGCUUUGCAAAUCAAGGAGCUCGAUCUUGAUAUCUUCAGCGUUUCGGCAAACUCAACUUCGCUAAAUCUGAAGCUGGAAGCCUUGCCAUGGAACAUCGUGCUGAAGGAAGAGACUCCGCCGGCUCCAGUGACAGGUCCUAGCAGCCCGCUUCGUCUGGGUUCGGGUUUUCUGCUCAGUGCGCCUAAGCCUGCACCGAAUCUGGAGGAUUCUUUGCCGAUCUUCUCCUUGGAGCACUUGGUGAUCGAUGUACAGCUUGAUCACGAGAGGGGCUGCGGCACAGUGGUCAGGCACUUCAAAGUCAAUUGCGGUGAGGCUGGGUUCAAUCUUGAUGAGCGUCUUCUUGAACUGGAGAUUGAACCCUCUCCGCUAAAGCAGACCUUGGAGAAUCUCGACCCUGCACAACUGGGCUUGGAGGAUGUGCAGCAAGGAAAACCCAUAGCAGACAAGCAAAAGGCGCCCGAUCCAUACAGUGUUACUCCAAUGAAGGCAAAGACGCAAAUUGUCCCAGAGGAGCUCACCGACAGGGAAUAUUCAGGCAGAACGAUGCCUCCUCAUCCCUCUGCUGGCGGAACUGUGUCUGAGCUGUCGGGGCAGCUAGGUGGUUUUCCUGAAGGAACGUUGCUGCAGAUCUUGAGAGUGUCGGUGGCGGUGUCCAUAUUUCUUGUCGUUGAGCCUGCAGGUGGAAGUGUUCUGGCGCAACCGAAGAAGAAACCAGGACUUAACUCCGAAAUUGAGGGAAAACACGUGGCAGGGGCUGACGCUGACGAGAACCUGGACUUUCAUGCUGUGGCAAAGGACGAGGAUGCACAGACACCCGGUGGCAUUGUGUCGGCCAGUCAGAGGACGGAUACUCCGCAGCCUUUGUCGCUGGGGACCCAAGAGGAAUGUUUGGGCCCAACUCCGGCAAACAUAGGCAUAGAACUUGGCGGCACAACUUUGGCGAUCAUGCCGAGCAGUUUGGCACCGUGGAUCGACACUGUUUUGGCAAUAUUGAAGAGCAGGAAAGCAAAGCACGCUCAAAAAGCCCAACCUUCCCAACCUGACAAUGCAUCGAAGUUGGUCGCUCCCAACCGCAAAGGGAAGGGGGCUUUUUGGAAGCGGAAUUUGUGGAACGCUACCAUGUCUGUUCCGGAAGCGACGUUGAUUAUCUAUGGGUCAGACGGAAAGCCCAUUUACAGAGCUUAUUCACAAACAGUGAAGUUUUUUGGCGGUGUGGAGGCAGAACCGGUUGGUGUUCGGAUACACGGCGACCUCAGCGAGUUCCAGAUUAACAUGGCUGACGAGGAACAGGAAUGCCUGGAAGACAUGUUGUUGGGAGGGGAGGCGAACCCCGCUUGUCUAAUGAGGAUAUCGCGAGUCUUUUGGAAAUGGGGAAUGGAAGGCCAUGACUUAGAUGGUGCGAUCGAUCUGGAAGAUGAAGAUGGGGAGGCGGUCGGUGAGCUCCUAGAGAAGCUAACUUUGUUGGUCGAAGUCACAGGGGGAGGUGUUUAUCUGAAUCUUCCACGGUUACGUGCAAUUUCUAACAACGCAAAAUCAUUGAAAGAUUUUGCGAAUAGCUGCAAAGGAAAAUCUGGUCCGCCAAUGACGAAAUCUCGCAGGAGGAGGGGUAAGGCGAAGAAGUCCGGCCAAGGAAGAACCGGCGCAAAGUGCAUCAAGCUGCAGAUUAGAGAUGUGGCCUUGCAUUUUGACCGGCUGAUGACGGUGGAGACUGAGACGGUGCUGGAUCCCAAGGGUCGGUUGAUGGGAAGCCGGCCAGAUGAGGAUUUGAGUGCGUACAGUGGACGGAGCGCCGACGUAAUGCCCGCUGAGUGGCAAGGCGUUGUUCGGCAAGCCGUGAUGUGUCGAUUGGCAUUAGAGUUGACCGACCUGUCGCUGGUACGAGACAAGGAUAUGCGUGAUAUCCGAAUGGCCGCGGACCGUUUCCAGAUCAGGUACAAAGAGUCUGACGGUGGUGUCGACCGUUUGUCAAAGCCGAUCACAGAUGUGGUAGUUUUUGGAUUCAGCAGACUGGAUGUUGAUGUCAACAUGGAGUCGCCAGAGGAUGGCACACCUAAGCACUUCUUAGUCACGUCAUCUGGGAUGCAAGGGCGCUGGGAGCCGGACGUGCACCUGUUUCUCAAUCAGUUAAUGUUGGAUGCCAAGGUGCUGGCUGCAAAAUCGAAGGAGGAGGGCGAUGCGACUCUGGUAGAACCUGCAGUUUUGCCAGAGGAAAAUGAGACAAGAGCAGGCACUUUGGGAAGUGACUCUGUGACAGAAGAGGCUGGGAUGGGUGGAAAAGAAAUGAUGAUGGGGAGCAUGGAUCUGGAGAAGGACGGGUUUUCCGUGGCGGAGGACACGGAGGGUGCAGAAACCCCCUUAGCAGAACCAGUGGAAACCCUAGCACUACCACCGGUUAUUGCUAUUGAUAUGGAAUGCUUAAGGCUGGAGGCUGCCGCUGGCGACGGGGUGGAAUUCGUACUGGGGAUACAAGCUGUGUUCUCGGAGGAUGCAAGAAUCGGUGUGCUGUUGGAGACCAUAGACGCAAGUAUAAACGAAGCUGUGAUAUUCACGUGCGACCGUCUGCAAGUCUCACAACUGCCAGCACCUGAGUCUGUGGAUGGCGAGUCAGACGUAGGUGGUCAUUAUGGGGCACGAGCGUCUGACAGUGGCAGCACUCUCAGUAUGCAUGGGCCUGAUCUGGAUGUGGAGGUGUCCGAUUGUUUGAUUCAGGCAAAGGGGGUGCGGCUAACAAUGCCGUACAAGUUGGAACUCAGAGGAGUUGAAGACUCCGUAGAGGAUGGCUGGAGAGCGCUGAAACUGGCCCUUGCAGCACAGAGAAAGGCACAGGGCCUACCGCCUCGCACGUCACGCCCACGCUCCAAGGAGAACAAGAGAUCGUCCAUUGGGGAGGUGAAGAUAAGUGCGAGAGACGUGGUUCUGGAUAUCGAGGAGGACCCAUUUCAAGGCUGGCUGGACAUGCACCAUCGAUUGUUGGAAAAGCAUGUGAGGGAGAUGGUACUGAGGGAGGAGAAUCUCGAUGAGACAUUGGGGCCCAAGGGGCGCCCAGAAGAAGCACCGGACUGGGGAAGAGGAGUGCCGCCGCUGUCAGUACGAAGAAGGAAUAGCAGAAAGCAGGAGGAAGUGGGGGAUCUGAAAGGUGACAAGGACGAAGAGCCGUGGGUCGCAAAUGAUCAUUGGAGUCAGCUUCGUGCAUGCAUCUCCCGUGAUUAUGUGAAGAGUGUCAGAAAGGAUGUGCGACCGCUGAAAGACGGGUGGAUGAAGAACCGGUUUAAGCAGCCCGAAUCUAGAAGGGCUGUGCUGGCGAUCAAAGCAACACUGCUCGAGGUCGUACUGCAACCGAUUCCGGGUGGCUGGGAGGGAAUGGAGAAGCUUGUUCGUGACUUUGACAGUGUAAGACCUGGAACACCGGCUCCCUUGUCGAGGAUUCUUGGACGAUAUCUUGUGGUUAACGCAACUGAGUUGUACGUGCAUCUCAGAGACUAUCCAUAUCCUCUCCUGGGUGGCGAGGAGGCAAAAUGUCAUGGCGAGCUUAUAUUUGCGCAACAGGCCACAGUCCCACCUCCGCAGGUGGUGCAGGAAGUGUACAUUGGACGGUGGCGCAGAGUGCAUGUGAAAAGAUCAGCGAGCGGAAUGACUCCUCCCACAAAGAUGUAUUCCAAACUGUACGCGGAGUUCGAGAGGUCAAAGGUUUCCUACGGCGUUGGGUAUGAGACGACGUUGGCGGAUGUGAGCUAUGCUUUUACCGUGGCGCUGCGAAGGGCGAUGCUGAGCAGCCGCAAUCCAGGGGCAUGUCUUCCGCCGCCACCUCCCAAGAAAGAAAGGAACCUCCCGUGGUGGGAUGACGUUCGGUACUAUGUGCAUGGAGAGAACACUGUCGUACUCAAGGACUUGAAGUGGUAUACUCUUGCAACUGCGGACCCGUACGAAGAGGAACAGCUGAUGCUGAUUACGAACUCGUGCUUGAAGGCCGUUCAUACGGCGGGGAAAGUGGCCAUCACUUCAGAGAAGUUUCGUGCUCAGGUCAGCAGCCGCGACUUGAUUGUGGGGGAUGCAGGGAGCCAAGGUUUUCCAGAUGAUUCGAACAGGCCUGUGUUCCUUGAGUCUCCCAUCUUUAUCCUGAACAUCGAUAUGAAGUGGCAGUGUGACUCGGGAGACCCUUUCAACCAUUAUCUACAUGCGUUGCCCGAGGAGCUCGUCCCGAGGCCUUACUUGUAUGACCCUUUCCGGUCGACAGCCAUGACCUUAGGGUGGGAGUUUAAACUCAGGCCAUUUUCCACGAUGUUAGAAGAGGACUCAGGGUCGGACUUGGAGGAGGGACCUUGCUACGACGAGUCUCCAGAGGAUAUUGCAUCCAUCCAGCCUGUGUUGGAUGCAGAUCCGACCAGGCCGACGAUGCAAAGGCCGCACCGUACGAGAGGCUCCCGACGUAGUUCUUUUGGCAAUGGCAUUACAGAUAUAGAUGUCCCUUUUCCGAAGGAGCCCACUGUGCAUCUGGGCCCACAUAAUGUUGUGUGGGUCCGUGCUCUCUGGGAUCUUCUCUACUAUCCACCGAUGAAGAUAAGAAUGUUCGCAAGGUGGCCACGAUUUGGAAUACCGAGAUAUCCGAGGUCGGGAAACUUGUCGAUGGACAAGCUGAUGAUCGAGAUGAUGAUGCGUGUGGACGCAAAGCCAGCAGUGAUCAAACAUGUGUCGAUUACAGAGCAUGACCCAGCAGGCGGUUUGGUAUUUCUGGCCGAUGAGUUCAAGUACGAGGUUCUUUAUAGCCGGCACAGUGGGAAACCUGGAGUAGAGGUGACUGCGGUCACGCUUGCAAAGCAAGCGGCCGCUGAGCCGACGAAGGAUCCUCGUGCUCGAACUGAUGCCUUGGAUUGUGUGUUCCAAGGACUCGACCUGUUGAUGCUCAAGGCUAUUCUGCCCUAUAGAUCAGGUGCUGGCCAAACCGAGGCCGAUCUUUUUGCCAAUCAGAGGUUCGACAAAUUAAUGGAUGUUUCAGAGUCAGCGUAUGGAAUGUUCGGAAGCUCGCCGACGAUUCCGGGUUUGUGCUCAAAGCAGGAGGACAGGGAGUUCAUGUUCUCAACCGAUGCCAUAACUAUAAGGAGACAAUCGCCCAAGGCUGAUCUCAACCUGUUGACGGAAUGGAAGCUGGGGUUUUUGGCACGCAGGGCACAUCCAGAAUCGCGUCAUGUAGGAAACAGUGGGGGAAGUGGAAAUGAAAUGCCCUGGUCUGAUGAGAGCGACGAUGAGGCUGUGAGUGUUGCGCUAGCGGAUGAUUGCUUGAGAGUUCGCGUGUACUACCUGAGAUUGCUGUGGACUCUAAAGAUUCGAGAUGCAGUCUGGGCCUGGGCAGAGUCAAUGGGAAAGGCGUUUGAAGGACCCAAGCCUUCCCCGGCACGGCAGGUCGCCCAAAGAAAGAAACUUGAAGAAAUGCAUGCACAGCAGCUGCAUGAACCGCUGAAAACGCUCUCCGAAGACAACAAGGCUAUUCUUAAGGCCGGAAACGGGGCAAGCACUUGUGUGCCACCGGAUACCACAGCGCAGCGUUGUGCUCCCAUCACGGGUGGUCCGGAAACGUCAGCCGAAGGCUCGUUUCCACCGUCAGUGAUAGACCAUGAUGGCUCAUCAAAUGACGAAAGUAAGGUCCUGCACUUCACAGUCGAUGUUCUCAAGCCGCAGUUCAACUUUCACUCUGAUGACGCCCACGGUCGAUUCUUGUUGGCGGCUUCCAGCGGCAGAGUCCUCGCGCAGUCCGUCCAUGAAGCCAAGGAUGUUGCACGGGAGAUGGUGCCAAAAGAUAUCUGGAUUCAUGGCAAUACGCAGAAUGUGUGGACAUGGAGAAGGCGUGAGCUGUGGGUUAUGCUUGAGAAGGUGCAAGCUCAUGUGGCACCCACAGAUGUUGAUCCAAUGGCAGGCAUUCAAUGGUUGCCCAAGGCGCGGAAGGGUCAUCGCGCCAAGUCAGCUGGACUUCUCCUGGAGCGGGUAUUUGAGCCUUGCACGAUGUAUUUCAAAUACACCAAGCAUAAAGGCAUGUGGCAUGCGUUGGGAAUGACAGACGGCAAGGUGAACAAGCCGAAGACUUUCUUGUUCAAUUCCCCGGGAAUUUGUGCGAAGAUGACUUCACGGCAGUUCAGCAUUUUGAUCGACAUCAUCAGUAACUUGUUGCUUGCCGAAUUGCCGGACUUGACGGAGAAUGGAUCAACUGUGCGUGUUGUAGUUUCAGCAUCUAGUGUGUAUGUGGAAGAAGAAGAAGAAGAGGAGGAGGAGGAGGAGGAGGAGGAAGAGGAAGGAGGAGAAGAAGAAAGCACGUCCACAUACACACGCGAAGGAGGAAGAGAAGAGCAAGGAGGAGGAGGAGGAGAAGAGGAAGAAGAAGAAGAAGAAGAAGAAGAAGAAGAAGAAGCGAAGGAGGAGAAGAAGAAGAAGAAGAAGAAGAAGCGAAGGAGGAGAAGAACAAGAAGAAGAAGCGAAGAAGAAGAAGAAGAAGAAGAAGAAGAAGAAGAAGAAGAAGAAGCAAAGGAGGAGGAGAAGAAGAAGAAGAAGAAGAAGAAGAAGAAGAAGAAGAAGAAGAAGAAGAAGAUGGGAGGGGGGUGAGAAAGGGUGGGUGAGAAGAAGAAGAUGAUGAAGGUCGAAGAUGGCCGGGGGCUGAGAAAGGGUGGGUGAGAAAGGAUGGAGGGCCGGGGGUGAAAAAGAUGGGAGUUUAGAGAUGGCGGGCAGGAGUCGUGGGGGAAGGUCGUAAUCGCGGCCCCACGCGCGCCUGCACAAGACAGGAAAAAAAAAAAACAAAACGGAAAUGGCGCU